UGGAGCCUUGUGGAGUCGUGUCGUACUCUGGAGGUUUAAAUAUCCGAGCAGCACCUGAAGGCAGCGCAGUUGCAGGCCAGCGCUCCCUCCUGAAGCUUCAGCUCCGACAAGUGACAACUAAUAAAGUCCUCAGGUGUCUUUCUGAGUCUGUCCAGCAUGGAGGGACCUUCAGGGGCCGCAGCAGCUCAACCCCUGGCCCGCAGCUUCUCCCAGGUGGUGUUCAACAACAUCCCCCAGUCAUACCCCCCCUCCACCUCCCUCACCUGCCACUACACUGCCUCCUUCCAGCCUCACCCCAGGGACUGGGUGGGCAUCUUCAAGGUGGGAUGGAACUCAGCUAAGGAUUAUCACACCUUCGUGUGGGUGGAGCCGUGUCUGGAUGUGGUCGGACAAGAGUCGGUGACCAGGCAGACGCUUUUCAAGGAUUACUACCUGCCCAAGGACGAGAUGGAGUUCUACCAGUUCUGCUACAUCGACGUCACUGGUCAGGUGCGGGGGGCCAGCACUCCCUUCUGCUUCAAAAGCCCAGAGGAGCAGAGCUUGACCUCCAGACUGGAUGAUGACAUCCUGGUUGUUACAACACAGGAACAAGUGGAUCAGAGCGUCCGCGAGAGAGAUGAGCUGCAGAAAGAGUUGGAUCAAAUUCGGCAGGAAAACGAAACCCUGAAAAGCGCUUUAGAGAAGGAACGACAAGACGCUGCCGUCUUCAAAGAGCAGAAUGAAGAGAAAGAGAGCGAGAAGAGUCACCUGGUCAAAGAAAUGGGUCAAAUCAAGGAAGAAAUGGGAAACUUAAAAAGCACCUUGCAGCAGAAACUUCAGGAAAUAGACACUUUGAAGGAGGAGCUGCUGGUCCAGACAACACAGCAACUGGAGCUGGAGCAGCACAGAGCGACCGAGCAGAAGGAACUGAGCCGAAGUUCUGACAGAGCAGCAGCUGAAAACGAGAAACACACUCAGGAGAAAUACGAUCGAGCCGUGCUGAAGAUCAAUCAGAUGAAAGACGAGCACAAGGCUCUGAAGGGGACGAUCGAGGCUCAAAGUCAGGACAUCGCCAAGCUGAAUUGCAAACUCAGAGAAGGACAACGGGAGCUGUUCAAAACAGAAGACAGCAUCCAGCUUCUACAGGUGGAUCUCCAGAGCAGCGAUACACAGAAGGAUCGGCUCGACGCAGAGCUGCAGAGAGUCACACUCAACGUGGAGGAGUUGAAGAGAGAGAACCAGGAGCUUUGUCGGAGGCUGACUCAGCAGGGGACGCAGCAGGAGUCCCCAGAUGAUCUGGCCUCUACCGGAGGUCCUCUUCAGGCGCUCGUCAGCCAGCUGCAGGAGGCUCAGGUGAAGCUGGCCACCGAGAGGGAUGAGACCAGAAACACCAAGAGACAAGUUGUGGCUCUGAACGAAGAACUGACGAACGUCAAGAGGCAGCUGGAUAACGUGGUCAUGGCUUGUGAUGAGGAUCGACGGAAGAGUAACAAAUUUGAGCUGCAGCUCAGAGAGGCACUGGAGGCGGUGGCAGAUAAAGACGGCCGCAUAGAGGAGAACGAGCACAUGAUGCGGCUCGUGAAGCACGAGAACGAAGACCUCACCAGAGAAAACAACAAUCUCAGGAGCAACAUGGAGGGCCUGCGCUCAGCGUAUGCCGACCUCAACGCUCCCACCAGCGACUCGUCACACGGGCAGCCGGACUCCACCUCUCCAGCUGGAAACACUUCCACCAUCCCUGCACCUGAUCCGACUGAGCACCCGUACGAGGUCAUAGAUUCUUCUCUCCUCACAGAGGACGUUGCAGAACCAGAGGAGUUGUUGAUGUGUCGUCACUGCCACGAGAGCUUCCCUGGCAUCACCCGAGGUGAACUGGAGCAGCACGAGGCGAGUCACCGAGUGUGUCCCUUCUGCACGGUGAUCUGCGACCACAUGGAGCAGUCCGUGUUCGAGGAUCACGUCUACAGCCACGAGCUGUGAGAUCUGCACCGCGGGCAAAACUGCGGCGGCAUGGGAAAUUAUUUUACAAAUCCUGUCGGUUUGGUGGUCAUGUUUAAAAUACUCUUUUCAGCUUUUAGUAAUUUACUGCCAAUUAUUGUCACCUGUAAAACCGAUGCUCUUUACGUUUUACACAUGAAAUAAGUAGUGAAGGGGAGAAAAGCCUGAGGAGCAGAUGUAACCAUUUAUUUUUAGGUUCUGGAGAAGUUUCGUGAAUUCAGAGAAAGUAUUUAAAAGUCAAAUUGCACAGUUCCUCUGGGACUCGAAGAUCUGCUGCUUUAAUUCUAAUGAUUCCUUCUUAAAUCUGAAGUGUGAAUUCCAGGAGUUUUACAGUUUACAGUUUCCUAAAGGAGUUGAUUUGUCACAGUUCUCCGUUGGUCAUCAAAUCCAUCACAUCCACAUUUAUUUCGGUCAAAUUUGAUCUUUUAAUUACUUGAUUUAAAAAAGGUCUGAAGAGAAAACUGUUUAUUUUCUUUUAAACUAAAGCUAAUAUGAAGCCAUUAGAGUUUCUGUAUAGACUAAAAAUACAAAACCUGAAGAGCUUUGGAAAACAAUGAGGUAAACAUGAAAAAAGGUGAAGGGGCAAAAACAUACUCAAGAAAAUCAUGUGAUCUUAAAGAAGAUGAAAUAUAUUUAUCACAAUUAUUCAUUUCCAGUGAAGCUUUGCACUUAGUAUCUCAGAAUUCCUUUCUGUGAUUAGUUCUAUUGAUUCAAAUGUUUGUUUUAAUCUUUAUUUUGUUUUUUAAUAAGCUUGACAGGAUGAAUUGUUGAUGUUGUCGUUACAAUCGAACCGGGGAGUUUGUGCCAACGACCAUGAGCACAUGUAAAAUGGUCCAGUUGAUAAAAUAAAAAUUUGGUUAAACUUGUGCAAUAAA